AUGUAUGCUAGUCGAGAGGAUAUUGGAUAUGAUUUUGGAGAGGACUCAAAAGUUGGAAGUAAGCCAAUUAAGCCUAAUCCAAACAUCGAUGGAGGAUGGGCUUGGAUGAUUGUACUUUCCUCUUUCCUUGUGCACAUACUUAUCAUGGGGUCCCAAAUGGCCCUUGGAAUACUCAACAUGGAAUGGCUUGAAGAGUUUAAUCAAAGUCGUGGCUUAACAGCAUGGGUUAGUUCCCUCAGCAUGGGCAUUACACUUAUAGUAGGCCCUUUCAUUGGUUUAUUCAUCAGCAUGUGUGGGUGCCGCAAGACAGCUAUAACUGGGGGGAUACUGAAUGCCCUAGGUUGGAUACUGAGUGCCUAUGCCUCAGAUGUGCACUACCUCUUCCUCACAUUUGGAGUGACAGCCGGCCUUGGAAGUGGCAUGGUUUAUCUGCCUGCAGUGGUCAUGGUAGGGCAGUAUUUUCAGAAGAGAAGAGCACUUGCACAAGGACUCAGUACCACAGGAACAGGGUUUGGAGCUUUCCUAAUGACUGCCUUACUGAAGUACCUCUGCAUCGAGUUUGGGUGGAGGAACGCCAUGUUUAUCCAGGGUGCUAUUUCCCUGAACCUUUGCGUCUGCGGAGCGCUUAUGAGACCACUCUCUCCCAAAGACAUGGUUAGUGAAAAAUAUGCUGUGAGAAGUAACAGUGAAGAUAAUCAGGCAAAAGCUCUGUCCCAUUCUGCAGAGACUGUAAAAUCUAAUGGAGUCCUCAGUGAAGAACCAGAAAAAAAAGAAGAGGCAACAAAUGAAGAUGUGCUUGACGGUGUUCAGCACAUAGAAUCUGGAGGUAAAUCCAGAGAUGGAAGGAACAUGUAUGGACUGCGCAUUCUUAAGACAGUGAGCCAACUGACAGUUGCAGUCAGGAAGGGCUUUGCAAUAUGGUACUCCAGCUACUUUGGAGCUGCAUCACUGUUUACCAAUAGAGUAUUUGUGGCCUUUAUUAUUUGGGCUUUGUUUGCCUAUAGCAGCUUUGUCAUUCCUUUUAUUCAUCUUCCAGAAAUAGUCAAGCAGUAUAACUUGUCUAGUCAGAACAAUAUGUUUCCUUUGACAUCCAUUAUAGCCAUUGUUCAUAUUUUUGGUAAAGUUAUCCUUGGAAUCAUCUCUGAUCUCCCGUGCAUCAGCACAUGGAAUGUCUUCCUCGUGGCUAACUUUACCCUGGUCACUUGCAUUCUUACUUUGCCACUAAUGCAAACAUACGUUAGCCUGGCUGUGGUUUGUGCUCUAAUAGGAUUCUCUAGUGGCUAUUUUUCUCUAAUGCCUGUUGUGACUGAAGAUUUAGUUGGAACUAAACAUCUUGCAAAUGCUUAUGGCAUCAUCAUUUGUGCCAAUGGAAUAUCUGCAUUGUUUGGACCACCCUUUGCAGGUUGGAUCUAUGACAUCACACAGAAAUAUGAUUAUUCUUUUUACAUAUCUGGCUUGCUAUACAUGGUGGGAAUAGUAUUUUUACUUAUACAACCUUGUAUUCAAAAGAAACAACCAAGGGAAAAAUCUACGGAAGAAGCACAAGUAUAG